UCAAGCCCCGUGGCCAGGGCCAGCACAAACUCGCCACGCGCCGAGCGAGCGACAACAAAAAGCGACGCGAAGCUCCUUUCACUGCCGGCCAAACGCCACUCGCUGCAUGCGCCCUCGUCGACGACCAACACGCCGCCGCAGUCGCCCGGCCUCAGCCCCGCCCCGCCCCGCCGCGCGCCCUCUACGCCCAACUUCAGACCCGCCAACACGGCCAUCCCCCGCAGCCCCAGCGUGGCCAGCCUGCGCUCGUCAACCCCAGGCCUGGCGAGGAAGUCGUCGACGGCGUCCCUUCGCGGCGACCCCCCUCGCCCAGGCACGUCCGUGUCGCGCCGCGCCUCGUUCAACCCCAACAUGCAGGCCCCCACGCCCAAGAGCCCGCUGGUCCCCUCGCCCCACGACGAGAAGCCGCCGCUGCGUGCGUGCGACGUCGCCGCCGAGUACCUCAAAAAGGACCUGGCCCGCCAUGAGAGCGCCGCCGCCGCCCCCCGUGCCGGCACGGUUGUGCUCAUCCACGACCAAUGCUACGGCCACCGCUUCUCGCGGCCCAAGACGGCCAAGAGCACCCUCAGCCUCAUCAUGGAGCGUCCCGAGCGCAUCCUCGCCAGCGUCCUGGGCAUAUCCGCUGCCUACGUCUGCCUGGGAGAGCGACACGCCGACGGCAGCCACCCCCCGCACCCGCACCACGCGCCCCCUGACCGCAUCCCCUUCCACAUCCGCAAGACGUCGCGCGCCGUCGACAUCACCUCGCCAGUCGUCACAAACGUACACGGCACCAAGUGGAUGGCCGAGCUCAAGUCGUUGUGCGACAAUGCCGAGAGCAAGCUGGCCUCGUCGGGCAAGGAACUGGCCAGGGACGCGCCUGCAGUGCCCGGACAGGCGUCCAAGAAGGAACUGCACGCUGGCGACCUCUACCUCUGCCCCGAAUCACUCAAUGCCUUUCAGGGUGCGCUCGGGGGUGUCUUGGACGCCGUCGACGCCGUCUUCCACGGAACCAGCACGGGCGAGGGGCCUUCACGAGCCUUUGUCUGCAUCCGUCCGCCCGGCCACCAUUGCUCUGCCGACUUCCCUUCUGGCUUCUGCUGGCUGAACAACGUCCACGUUGGCAUUGAGCACGCCAUCAUGACGCACAACCUUACCCACGCUGCCAUCAUCGACUUUGAUCUGCACCACGGAGACGGCUCACAAGCUAUUGCUUGGGCGCGGAACAAAAGGGUCCAGAACAUGUCCAAGAACACACCCAACUCGAAGAAGACAUCCAUUGGCUACUUUAGCUUGCACGACAUCAACUCGUAUCCCUGUGAAGAUGGCGACGACGACAAAGUCCAGGCGGCUAGCCUGUGCAUCGACAAUGCGCACGGCCAGUCCAUCUGGAAUGUGCAUUUGCAGCCGUGGAAGACGACGGAGCAAUUCUGGGCCAUAUACGAAGAGAAAUACAUGGUCCUGCUGCAGAAGACGCGGCAAUAUCUCAGACACCAUACCAACCGUCUCCGCACUUCGCCCAACCACCCCACGCCCAAGGCAGCCAUCUUUCUGUCUGCCGGCUUCGAUGCAAGCGAGUGGGAGACGGCGGGCAUGCAGCGUCACUCUGUCAACGUGCCCACCGAGUUUUAUGCCCGAUUCACCCGUGAUGUUGUCCGCUUGGCCGAGGAAGAGGGCACGUCUGUCCAAGGCCGCGUCAUUUCCGUCUUAGAAGGUGGCUAUAGCGACCGAGCUCUCACGAGCGGAGUCAUGAGCCAUCUCAGCGGUCUUGUAGAUGGGCAGGUUUGGAGUGAUGCAAAGUCGCCGGCAGGCCUUGAAUCCUCCAUGCGUCAACGACUCAGUGCGCUGAGCGUCGAGGAUCAAGAUGUUCUGGUGCAGUCCGUCGAGACCGAAACGACGCCUCUCAGCUAUGAUCCCUUUUGGUGGCACUCAACGCACUUAUCAGAAUUGGAGAAUCUUGUCAAUCCUCCACCUGCACACGCCCCAAGGAAGCCGCCGUCUGGACCUAGCGCUCACUUCUCAUCGCCAACACAGUCUUAUGUGGCCAAGGUUGUUGAUCCCAGCAAGAUCAACCGCGGCCUUACUGCCAAGUACGCGUCUAGCCCAUCAAGAGCACCUACACCUCCUCCGCCAGAGGUUGACUGGGCUACUGCCGCUCAUGCUCUGAGUGAUCUAUUGAUUCCUGCGGAUCGACAGACGCGUAGUUUGAAGCCAGAAGAUUUGAUGGAGGUCAAAGCAAAGAAAGAGAAGCCAGCCCCGCCAGCAUUGACUUCGGUGCAUGUGGACAGGUCCGGACGACAAUUGCGUGGGCGCAAAGCUGCACCUUCAUAUGUCGAUCCCAGCUCUGAGGAGGAAAAGUCGCUUGGCAAGGAGUCUCGGGCGAACAGACGGCAAACCAUUGCCGACUUUGGUCCAGCCAGCUCAGACGCUCCACCCGUUCCAUCGACCUCACGUCGCAUGAGUAUCGCUUCAAGUGUGUCUUCAAUAGGCGAUGGCAGAAGUUUAAGUCGUGAGUCCAGGGCAGCAGGCAGAAGGAAUGGCGGGGCCUCAGAAGCACCCGUCAAUGGAGCUGGCAUGAAAAAAGCACGUGGCCAGACUGCUGCAGCUGCAGCUCGGGCACCUCAGCGUCCUGCUGCGCCGCGGGCUCCGUCGAACAACUUGAGCAAGACGGGGGCACCCAAAGGCAAGGAGAAUGAGGAUGUAGAUGCGCUCACAUCUGGCCUGAAACGCAUUACAUUAAAGCUGCCUUCGAAAGAGGAGCAUGAUGCUCGUGAAGGAGAGGCCGCAGAGGCGCCAAAGAAGACGGCAGCUCGAAAAGCACCAGCCGCGCGUGGUCCUGCUUCCAAACCGGCAGCAAAGGCAUCUGCUACUGCUAAAAAGGGCGCUGGACGAGGGGCCAAAUCCUCCAAGCCAACCUCACCGCAGGAAUCCAAGGCAUCUUCUCCCGUGCCCGAGGCUCCACACAUGCAGGCUGCUGCUACGGCGCCUCUUCAGCAACCGCAACCGAUGCUGGGUGAGUCCAUGUCGGGACUUCCAGCAAGCGCCAUGGGACAGGCGACCGAAGGAGCAUUGCUAGACGGGGGUGGUGGGGUGGACCGACGCACUUCGAGUGGUGGUGGCAUCAUGCAGCCACCAACUGAGCUGCACGACAUGGUCAUGACGCCCGAGCAACUUCGACAGCAGCUGCCAAUGCCAUUGUUUGUGACGGUUACGGAGCCGUUGACGAAUGUUUCGCCGCCUCCUCGGGCGGAUACGCCGCCACCGCCGCCACCGUCGAGCAUGCCUCAGUUUGUCAACUACACGGCGGAAAGCUUUGGCACAGGACCAACGUUUGCCAUUUCAGCAAACGGGUGUGACGCGCAAGCAUCGGCGACGCUGCAGUGGGUGGCGAAUACACAUGCCGAGACUACGCAGAUGGGUGGGAUUCCGCCCAUGUCGCCGCCAAGUAAGCGAGGAGAUCUUCCAAUGUUCACGGCGCAUGGCACGAUACCGUUUGCAGGGGAGUCU